AUGGCGUCAACGAACCAGUGCAUGGCCUCAAUGGCCCGGCUCAGUCUCUCAGCUUCAGCAAGACCGACAGCCUCCACGAUACCACGGUUCCUCAUCCCUUCCGUCGCUCAGCAGACACGAUGCGCGAGUAACCAGGGGGGGAACAAGAAGACGGACAAGAAGAAGAAGAAGCUCUCCAAGGACUUCAAGACCUACAACGUCAAGAACUGCCCUCAAUUCUCUCUUUGCGAUGCCAUGCGCUACCUCCGCGCAUUCGAAGUCGGCCGCCCUCCCCAGUCCAUCAAGUACGAGAUCCACGUCCACCUCAAGACGCCCAGAAAUGGCGCCGUCGUCAAGAACCGCAUCCGCCUCCCCAACCCCGUCAAGUCCGAUAUCCGCGUCGGAGUCAUCUGCCCCGAAGGAAGCCCCAUCGCCCAGCAGGCCCUGCAAGCCGGCGCCGUCGUCGCGGGCCAGGAGUCCGUGUUCGAGGCCAUCAAGAACGACAACAUUGUCUUCAACCGGCUCAUUUGCCACACCGACAGCGAGGCGGCGCUCAACAAGGCCGCCCUGGGCCGCAUCCUCGGCCCCAAGGGUCUCAUGCCCAACCGUCGCAUGAAGACAAUCACCGACAACAUUUCCAGCGCCAUCCGUGAGACGAUGGGCGCCGACAACUACCGCGAGCGUACCGGUGUCAUCCGUAUGGCUAUCGGGCAGCUCGGUUUCACGCCCAAGAUGCUGUCUGCCAACGUCAAGGCGUUUGUGGCCAGCAUCAAGUCUGAUCUCGCGGAGCUCGAGACGCACAAGGAGGUUCACGAGGUUGUGCUGAGCUCCUCCCAGGCUCCGGGCUUCAGCUUGAACGGAAACUUUGACUCUACAGAUGAGGAGGUCACGCCGGCUCACCUCUCCAACGUCAUGUAA